AUGAUGGCGGGAUUUCGAUUGUGGCAAAAUUUCCAAACUGUCAUUCAUAGGAUUUAUCCGAAAUUUCGUGGACCACUUGCCAGCCUCACACAUCAGCCGGCUCGUUCGUUCUCGGCCGCAUGUGGCCCGCAUUCGUGGCUCACCCUGUCACUUGGCACUCGGGUUUUGCGUGGGUUUAUCAGUGGAGAGUUUCGGCGCCGGAUUGUCACUUCAUUGACGCACUUCACGUCCCACACCGCGCGGUUACUCCCCGAGUAG